AUGCAACGUGAUACUAACGCAAACUUAACAAGUGGUGGAACUCUCCACAACAUUAAGGAGAAGAUUCAACACCCUUUCAGACACGAUACUGAUUCAAACAUUACCUUCCCAACCCAUGAGCAGAAGAAACAGUUCGAACAUCAACCAACUACGGGCGCUGGUCUCGGUAGUACUGAUGUUGGUGGUACAAGUACUGUUACAAGUACCACUGUUCCUCCAUCUUCUGGUUUGAGCACGGGUACUACCUCUUCAACACUUGGAACAACAUCCAACAUUCCAAGAGAAAGCGAGUAUGAUGUCAAUAAGAAGAAGUGGUAA